UCGAAUUAAAUCUACUACAGAGAAUAAUUCCUGACUUAGUUCUUUCGUGAACGUGAAGAAUGCUCUUAUAAUAUGUAUUAUCUCCACGGAAUUCUGCUCAUUAUCUUAAAUUGCGUGCAAGGGGAUCGGGAAUGUGGAUUGGAUUAUGUGCACUGUGAAUGUCUUGAUUUUACCUACAGGAGCAUUGACGGUUCGUGUAAUAAUUUAGAUCAUCCUAAUUGGGGAACACAAUAUUCUGUAUACGACAGACUAAUCCCGGCUAGAUAUGGCAAUAAUAACAGUAUUGCCCUCUGUGGUAAUGGUGAACCCCUACCAAAUGCUCGAUGCGUAUCCACAGUUAUAUUUUCUGACGAGACUUAUCCAGAUCCAGAACUAACUGCAUACGCAGCACAAUAUGGCCAAAUAAUAGCCCACGAUAUGGGCCAAAAUUUUUUAAUUGGAAAUGGUGAUCCCCUGUCAUGUUGCAAUACGUGGCUUGGACAUUGGGACGAACCUCCAGAUGGUUGUAUUAGCAUUACAGUACCUGAUGACGACUAUCAUUACUCAGACCUCAACUGUACUUGUAUGUCAGUACUUCGAACUACGACAAACAGACAACUUGGAUGUUCAAUGUAUUUACACGAUACAGCACAGUUGUCAGCGGUUACUGCUUAUUUAGAUCUAUCUCUUAUUUAUGGAAAUACCGAAGAUGUUUGUCUAAAACUAAGGACACUCGAAGGAGGAUUACUUAAACUAGAAAUGCGAAAACAGCGUGAAUGGUUUCCAGAUUCCACAGAACGGGAUGUUUUUUGUCCUUUGCUGAAUGAAAAUGAAGUAUGUUACCACACAGGUGAUCCCAGAGUGGACCAAAACCCACCUUUAACCAUUACGCAUCUUCUAUGGGCUCGAGAACAUAACCGUGUAGCAAGAGCUUUACAUCACCUAAAUCCUCAUUGGGACGACGAAGCAAUCUUUCAAGCCGCGCGAACGAUAGUUAUAGCGGAAUAUCAACACAUCGCCUAUUAUGAACUUCUUCCUUACUACAUGGGAGAAUACAACCUUCUGGAACGUGGUAUUUUAUAUUACACUGAUGAGUUUGUGGAUGACUAUAAUGCAAGUGUAAGACCACAUGUAUAUAAUGAGCAUUCUCAAGCAGCAUUUCGACACUUCCAUUCUUUGGUACCAGGAAUGUUGUCAUUAGUCGAUGCUUCUGGCUGUCCUUAUAGAUCAAUUGUGAUGAGGGAUCACAUAAAUCGUCCCGGUGUGUUGGAAAAAGGCGAUUACUUGGACUCCAUUAUACGCGGCAUGGUCACGCAACCCUCGCUUUCCCCUGACGCUUAUUGCGAUCCCGAGAUGACGAACUAUUUCUUCCCCAUGUAUUUGAAACCUGGACUUGAUGUAAGAGCAGUUGAUAUCCAGCGAUCAAGAGAACAUGGUCUUGGAUCUUAUAAUGACAUGCGAGAGUAUUGCGGAUUGGGAAGGAUUCAUAGCUUGUAUGACCUCUUAGAUUUUAUGGAAAUAGAGGACGCAGAAAAGCUUAUUUCUCUAUAUAACCAUCCAGACGAUAUUGAGCUUAUUGUGGGAGGUUCUCUGGAGCGAAGAGUUCAUGGAACUUUGGCGGGUCCCACAUUUUUGUGCAUCAUGUUCGAACAAUUUUAUAGAACUAGGGUAGCCGAUCGGUUCUUUUUUGAAAAUCAUUAUACUGGAUUUAGCCGCGCACAGCUGAGAGAAAUUAGGAAAUCAUCAAUAGCCAGGCUGAUCUGCGACAAUGCUAAUCAUAUCAUUGAAAUUCAACGACACGCGUUUGAGCAAGUCUCUCACAGCAACCCUAAAGUAGCUUGUAAUAAAAUACCUGGAAUCGACCUAACACUCUGGGAAGAAAGAUACACAAAUUAUUAUUAACUCUCAUAAGCAUAA